GCAACAAGAAAAUGUUUGUGGUGACUGAAGACAGAACAGAAACCACUCAUCUCAUCAUCAGUAAAUGACAGGAGGGGUCCUGAUCUCAGUAGGAAGUGGUGGAAUGUCUUCAUCCUGGAAGCCACAUGUUAAAUUGAAAUCACUAACGGAGUGUCUCAUGAAACAGAUUGUGUGCAGUUCAAUGAAGAGGCUUCUCAUCCUCCCUUUUCUCUGUGUUUUACCACUGGGUCUCCUCAAUGGAUGGCUGAGUAGAUCUCUGAAACCUUUAAAUCCUGACAGCAAAAGUGAAAAUCUGACCGUCCUGCUGUGGUACUGGCCCUUCAGCAGGCCAUCAAACCUGAGUGGUGAUGUCUGCUGGAAUCUCUACCGUAUCCCUCACUGUACACUGGUGGACCAGCACUCCUACUUCCCCACAGCUGAUGUAGUGGUGUUCCACCACAGAGAGCUGGAAAUGAGCAUCCACACGCUGCCCACUCACCUCCCACGGCCACAGGGCCAGAAGUGGGCAUGGAUGUCCCUGGAGUCCCCUGCUCACAGUGGAAACUUGCAUCAGUACGCAAAUAUAUUCAACAUGACCAUAACCUACAGGAGGGAUGCUGAUGUCAAUAUACCCUAUGGUAAGCUGCUAUGGAGGGAGGGCGAAGAGCAUUUGGAUGAAGACCAUUCUUUAAACAAGAGCUCUCUGGUUUGUUGGGUGGUCAGCAACUACAGGAGCAACCACAAAAGAAGCCAAGUGUACAGGAACCUCAGUGCUUCAGUUCCUGUGACGGUUUACGGGCACUGGACGAAGAACCGUCUUCCCUCUUCAGAACUUUUACCUACAAUAUCUCGCUGCUACUUUUAUUUGGCUUUGGAGAAUUCACUUGCUAAAGAUUACAUCACAGAGAAGCUGUGGAGGAAUGCUUACAAAGGCAGAGCUGUGCCCAUUGUCCUGGGACCACCUUUACGUGAUUACAAAGCUGUGGCACCACCAAAUUCUUUCAUCCAUGUUGAUGAAUUUGGAUCAAUGAAUGAAUUGGGAAAGUAUCUACAACAGCUUGCAGAUGAUAAGAAACGCUACAAUGAAUAUUUUACCUGGAAAAAACGCUGGAGAGUGAAACUGUACACAGACUGGAGGGAAAGACUGUGUAAUAUCUGCUUAAAGCACAAAAGUUUACCAAAGCACAAAGUUUACUCAGACCUGCAGGCAUGGGUCAGUGCUAGCAGUUGAGCUUAAAUGUUUGUAGUUGCUAGUUUUUGAUGACAGGUUUUCAAUUUUGCUUUUUUUUUUGGGCACAUUUGACAUAAUUCUCAACUUACAAACUGUACUGCAGCUGCUAUAUAAGAAUGAUGACCAAGUGAUCUCCUAACACAUAGGUCCCUAGCACUUUAUCCCAACACCUUCAGCCAGUUUCCCAGUCAUGGAUUAAGCAUGGUCCUAGACUAAAAGGAAAAAGUCAAUGAAAACCACAAUAGGAAAACAUCUUUAGUCCAGGAUUAGACAUAAUCCCUGUACGGGAAACUGGGCCCUGAAGUUUAAAGAACUAUUUAGCAUUUGGGAAAUAAGAAAAGGAAAAGGAUGUAGUGGAGAACUGGGCAUGGUGUAACCUGCCUCGUGACAGAAUCAGACUCUAGCCCACCUAGCCCAAAAUCUCAAAGCACAUCAUGGAAAUGUCUUUAUAUGCACAGCAAUGUAACUGCUACAUAUUAAAAACUCUAUGUCUAAGUUAACUGCUGCCACUUUAUCAUAAUGUCUUGAGGUUAAAAUAACUAUUUAGCAUUUGGAGAAAUAGGAAAAGGUUGUUUAAUUUAAUUGAAAUGUAAAUGCAAAGAUUUAUACCACUCUUCUAUUUGCAGGUCAGUUAUUAUAAAGAAGCUGCUGUGGGUACAGUGAGUUAAUUCGCUGGUCCAGCUUAGAAUUCCAGAGACAAAUUUUCUUACCUUUAGACAGUCAGGCUAAUGAUAGCAUUAUUUUCCAUAAAGUGAUCAUUAAUUGGACAUGAUAGUUUGGGCUUUGUGAUGGUUGUCUGCAACGACACAACUGAAAGUCUGUUACCUGCCUCCAGUUCUUCCUUGGUUUGAGCAAAAGAGGACAGGGAGGGUGGAGUUGGUUUAACUGCAGAGGCCAAUCAAGUGGACUUAACCAUCUGUUGUAACCCCAUGGGGAGGAAUGGGUUCUUUUUUUGUGUGUGUUUCUCAAAUAUAGUUAAACUCUGGUUCCCCCUGUGGCAUUUAAAACGGUUUAUUCCAUUACUACAUAGGUUGAGCUUUCUCUCAUUUGGGAAGGUCAGUUGAGUUCGGUUAAAUAUGAUUUUUGUAAAUUUUGUUUUGACCUCUUAUG